GCUAGUGGCUGAGACUGUUUUAACUCCUGGGCUCGGCGACCGGAGAGGGGCCAUGGCGGCGGAGGUGUUGCCGAGCGCGAAGUGGCUGUACUGCGGGGAGCCCGACGAAAGCCAGAGAGCUGUCCUGGCGUGAUUCUUUCUGGUCGCAUCUCAUUCUUGGGCUGGGACCUUACAGUUCAGUUCUCCAAUGGGAAGCUGCAGAACCCAGAGAACAUGCGCUUUAGCUUGUACAAGAACAAGGACGCCGCCAAUCCCAGGAAGAAGAGCCAGCGGAUCCUGGCAGCUGAAACAGACAGACUUUCCUACGUGGGAACCAAUUUUGGGACUGGAGCACUCAAAUGCAACACUCUGUGCAGACACUUUGUGGGAAUUUUGAACAAGACCUCUGGCCAAAUGGAAGUAUAUGAUGCUGAAUUAUUCAACAUGCAGCCACUGUUUUCAGAUGAAUCAGUGGAGAGUGAAUUGACACCAGAGAGUGAGAGCAAAACUUUUAGAGAUAAGAUGGACUCUUGCAUUGAAGCCUUCGGUACCACCAAACAGAAGCGGGCUCUGAACUCCAGGAGAAUGAACAGAGUUGGCAAUGAAUCUUUGAAUCGUGCAGUAGCUAAAGCCGCAGAGAGUAUUAUUGAUACAAAGGGUGUGACCGCUCUGGUCAAUGAUGCCCUCCACGAUAACUUGCAAGACGACUCCCUCUGCCUUCCUCCCUGCCACGCGGAUGCAGCCAAGCCUGAAGACGUGUACAAAUUUGAAGACCUUCUUUCCCCUGCGGAGUAUGAAGCUCUUCGGAGCCCAUCUGAAGCUUUCAGGAAUGUCACAUCAGAAGAAAUACUGAAGAUGAUCGAAGAGAACAGCCACUGCUCCUUUGUCAUAGAAGCGUUGAAGUCCUUGCCAUCAAGUGAGGAGAGCCGAGACCGCCAGGCCCGGUGCAUAUGGUUUCUGGACACGCUCAUCAAGUUCCGAGCACAGAAAGUGAUUAAGCGGAAAAGUGCCCUGGGACCUGGAAUUCCACACAUCAUCACCACCAAACUGCUGAAGCACUUCACCUGCGUGACCUACAACAAUGGCAGUUUACGCAACUUAAUUUCCGAUUCCAUGAAGGCAAAGAUCAUUGCGUAUGUGAUCGUACUCGCCUUGCAUAUAAACGACUUCCAGAUUGACCUGACGUUGUUACAGAGGGACCUGAAGCUCACUGAGAAAAGGAUGCUCGAGAUAGCAAAGGCCAUGAGGCUGAAGAUCUCUAAGCGAAAGGUGUCUCUGGCAGCCGGCGGGGAGGAGGAGCACAGACUGGGUACUCUGUGCAUCCCGCUGCCUCCAGCCCAGACCUCGGACCGCCAGUCAAAGCGGAGGAGACUCACGUAGAGGUGUGCUUUCCAGACAGAAGCUUGGCCACACGACAGCCACUUCCUCUGUUCAUUUCCAUUUUCAUUUUUUAAAGGGGGGAAAAGAAGCCUUGCUCUGGCAUGGGUAUGAAGCCACAAGCCAGCCUCUCAGUCAUGCUUGUCUUAAGCAAAAACAUAAAGUGACCACCAUAUUGGA